GUCAUGUGAUGCAUUGGUUGCGAAACACACGCGGAAGUAUGGCGCUGUGCUCUGUUGCUUUUAUUCUUGCUUUUUUGCAUUUAGCCAAUUUAACACCCUUGUUUUUACCUGAAGAGGAAUAUCACUUCAAACAAUGGAUGUUACAGUAUAAUAAAGUCUAUGCUCUGGAGGAGUACCACCAUCGUCUGAACAUCUUCACUGGGCAUAAGAGGAGAAUCCACUAUCAUAAUGCAGGGAAGCACACAUUCUCAAUGGGACUGAAUCAGUUUUCUGACAUGAGCUUUGCAGAGUUUAGGAAGACUUUCCUCCUGACUGAACCUCAGAACUGCUCUGCCACCAAAGGGAGUCACAUCAGCAGCCCUGGGCCAUAUCCUGGUUCUGUGGACUGGAGAGAGAAGGGAGACUAUGUGUCACCUGUCAAAUAUCAGGGUCAUUGUGGAAGCUGCUGGACCUUCUCCACUACCGGCUGUCUUGAGUCUGUUACCGCUAUAGCUACUGGAAAACUCCCACUUCUGUCUGAGCAGCAACUGGUGGACUGUGCUCAAGACUUCAACAAUCACGGAUGUAUGGGGGGACUCCCAAGCCAGGCGUUUGAGUAUGUUAAAUACAACAACGGACUCAUGACCGAAGAUGACUAUCCUUACACGGGACAUGAUGGCUCUUGCAAUUUCAAGCCCGAGUUGGCAGCUGCCUUCGUGAAAGAUGUUGUCAACAUAACAAGUUAUGACGAAAAGGGCAUGGUUGAUGCUGUGGCCAGACUGAACCCAGUCAGCUUUGGAUAUGAAGUGACUGAUGAUUUCCUCCACUACAAAGAUGGUGUGUACAGCAGCACUACGUGUAAGAACACUACAGACAAUGUGAACCAUGCUGUACUGGCAGUGGGAUAUGGUGAAAAGAAUAGCACUCCAUAUUGGAUCGUGAAAAACUCCUGGGGCACCAACUGGGGAAUGGAUGGAUAUUUCCUAAUAGAACGAGGGAGGAACAUGUGUGGACUGGCAGCCUGCUCCUCUUAUCCUCUCCCCCCGGUGUGAUGUAACGGGAACUCAGAAGAGAACGCCACAGUCAGUCUUCAGCUACAGUAUGAGAAAAACAGGAUACAUUUUCUCAUUCAGAGGACAGGAGUGGGCUUCUCUGUAUUAUUUGCAUGGACAUGUUUUUAAGAACUGUAGUUAUACUGUUACAAUGUGAGUUUUACAUUUUCCAAGUUACUUAUUUUAAAUGAAUUAUAACUGGAUCGUAUUAUGAAGGUUUGUACUGUAUAUGGUAAGUGGCUGGUCAUGGUUAGUUAGUAGGCACUGGGUAGUGAGUGUCUUUGAAUCGUGUGCUUAUGUAGCCACAUAUUGCUCUGGUUUUGAGUGUGUAAGAGAUCCUAGUUAGUACUGUAGUUGACUACUGUCACAAAAGCACCAAUAUUUUAGCUUCUCUUGAUUUGACAUUUUGGUUCGUGUUAUAUUUUCUUUAGAGUUUUGUACUAGGCAUAUUUUGUGUAUUUUAGACUGAUGCUGCUGAAGGUUGUAAAAAAAAAAAAAAAAAAAAAAAAAAAAAAAAAAUAUAUAUAUAUAUAUACACAGUACCAGUCAAAAGUUGACA